AUGUCGGCCGAAGUAACCAUUUCGCUAGACCAGAGUUGCGAUGUCGCGAUUCUAUUAUCGGUACGCGACAUGGCUGUCAGUGACCCGGACGCUGGCUCAGGUUAUGACCGCGAUGCCAUUGUAGCAAGUAUCACCCGAUACUAUCAGCUUCUCUCCAAGAUGGUAGCGAUCAAACCGAAGGAUAUCGCCUACGCUCGUGAAGGCGGGCGCUCUGAUGAUGAGAUUCCCAUUUCGAAACUGCGUCGCUUGGGCUUCAAUGACCGAGUGAUUGACUUUGUCCGGCACGUGCCGUUUUCACACAGCAGCGACAGGCCAGUGUUUCCCUUCACGACGACACUAAAUUACUACCCCAAUCUUUUCUGCUACCCCGAGGAAAGCUACAAGCUUGAAGAUCCUGCCAUGACGGAAAUGUGGCCGCUUCCAGAACGGCGGAUUCCAAAUAGUGUUAUUCCACUAUCCCAUGCUAUCGAAGCAGCCGGUCUGGAGACCUGGUGGAUGCUGGAUACGAAUAAUGGUAAGUUUGACGCACAACCGAAAAGUGUGUUCGGUGUAGUCCGCAGCUUUCUUGUUUCUGAUUCGAUUAUUCAUCGUAGGCGAGCUUACUCCUCAUGGCCCGUUCAAUACAUGGCCGCAUGA